AUGACGUCCACCAUCGGCAUUCCAAUCAAGCUCCUGAACGAAGCUCAGGGCCACAUCGUCACCCUCGAAAUCACCUCCGGCCAGACCUACCGAGGCAAGCUGAUCGAAGCCGAGGACAACAUGAACGUGCAGCUCAAGGACAUCACAGUGACGGCGCGCGACGGGCGCGUCAGCCAUCUGGAGCAGGUGUACAUCCGCGGCAGCCACGUGCGCUUCUUUAUUGUUCCGGACAUGUUGAGGAAUGCCCCUAUGUUCCGUAGCCGCAACGUCCGCGGCAGGGGUGUCGGUCUCGCCCGAGGAAGGGCGACGGUUAGCAGGGCAAGGGCUGGUGGUCGCGGUGGGAGGUAA